CACAUGUGACAAUUCCAUAUAGGGAGGACGCGGGGCCAGUAUUGUAGUGCCCCAAGGCGUCGCUCCAAGUCAAUAUAUAGCCCGCGCGGGCUCGGGAGCGCGCAGUCGACAGGAGAGGAGAGGAGCGCAGCGCAGCGCAGCGCAGCGCGCGCCCUCCGCUCAGCACCGGCACGCGACGCAGCGGCCGACGGGCUCGCGCGCCAGGAUCGCUCUGUACAGAAACACGCCGAAGGACCCGGAACAACACUCUGACGCCAAGACAUGUGCUGCCCCUGAUCCGAGGACCCCGGCCGAGCUCAGGUGAGGAUUUCAGAAGCGAGCGAGAAGAACACGUCGCUCACCGUUCACUUGCCGACAGCCAGAAUCGGGCUUAUUCUGCGCCCAAACGUCUAGACAGACAUAUAUUCCUGCCCGUUUUUAGCGACGUUGCCCCCAGCUCGUUUCGACAGCCCCGCUCCAGCCAUGUCAAAGGAAGAGCUCACCUGCAAGGUCAGCUCGGGAUGUAAGCACAAGGAGCGCAAGCCCAAGAAGCCCCAUUACAUCCCUCGGCCGUGGGGGAAGCCGUACAACUACAAAUGCUUCCAGUGCCCCUUCACGUGCAUGGAGAAGUCCCACCUGUACAAUCACAUGAAGUACAGCCUGUGCAAGAACUCCCUCUCCUUGCUCAUUGAGUCCGACUGGCCCUACAAGAAGGGCAACCUCCUUCACCCCGACCAGCUCCGGCCGCUGCAGCAAGGCUCCCGUCCGCGGGGGCCGGGCAGAGAGGAGCUGGAGCUCUUCUCGGGGGCCGAAGACCAGGCGCGAUCGCAGCAGCCGGAGGUCAGUUUGAUGGAUGAGGAAGCAGAGGAUGCGGAGGAGCGCGGCGACGCGGGAGCGGGCCGGAGGGACGCGGCGGAAGAAAACGCGCAGAGCAGAGAAGCGAGCGAGCAGACGGACAGUUCGACCAGGGGCGCCACCAAGAAAUCCAAGCGCUCGGAAACUGACUUUGUGAUCACGGACGUCUUCUCCCUGGAGGACCAGCUCCUCCGAGCGCGCUCCAUCGAGGUCGAGGCGAAGCUGAAGCACUACAAGCUCUCCAAGACCUGCCUGACGGGUCCCAGCCUGCUUUCCGAGCAGUGGCGUCUGCUGGCUACCAGCCAUCGGAAGGCAAAAUCCGAAAGCACGCCACCGAGCAAUGGCUCCAUACCUUGUUAUCCACCACCGCCAUCCUUUGCAGACUGCCCAGACCCACCCGGACUGAACCUCUCCGUCCUGGGUGUGAGUUACCCGCUGAGCCCAGGUCUUUUCUCCUACGUCAACCCUGCAGUGCCCGGAACGGCUCCGUCUCACACCCCGAUGGGACAACUCCCGUUCCUGGCGUCUGCCGCGCAGUUCAUGCACCCAGCAUCAAACUCGCUGCCCCACACAGACAGAUCGCUUCUUCCUCCUCGCUUCUACUACCCUCUCCUGUGUGAGCACGCGUUCGGAACCGCACAAGGGGACACCAGCAAGGGCGUCAAGACGGGGCAGGCUCCAGCGGCUGCUCUCGAUUCCAGUCCACCAUCCAGCUUCAUCCCAAAGAUCAACUUAUGGAAGGUUCCUGCCCUGCGCCCCAGUCCCUGGACGUCCCAUCAGCACGCGGCUGCGUCCCCAGACGUUGGCUACAGAACGGCUGAGGAGAAAGCCCAGGCCGGAUCCAAAGAUAAAGUCUGGAGCAUCAAGGCCGCUGUUGAAGCACCCCAUGUGCGAGAACAUGGCAGCAAGAGGACGGGAGCCCCACUGGAGUCCCAUGACGGUCCAGUAGAGAAGAAGAUAGCGCCAGGGUUUCCCCUGGAUCUCCUCAAGAGCAUUCACAUAACCCCAGCUGUUUCCAUCCCAACCGAAAAGCUCCUCCAUCACAGUGGGAAAGGUCUCUCGGAGAACCUGCUCGAAGAAACGUCAGCCGCGCAGAAGCCCGAGAAGACCACCGGCGUCGGAGCUCACGACCUGUUGGGGGGCAGGAUGGAGGAGCAAAGUCCCGAGUCGGCUGCGGCGCUGCUGGCUGACCUUUCCAAGGCCCUGCAGGAGUACCAGGAGGCCGAGCGGAAGAUCUCUCAUCUCGCGAAGGAAGACAACCCAGGUCAGCGGCACCUCUGGGACCACCUGUGUAAGAUCCGCAGCGAGCUUUCUCACAUACACCGGGCGCUGGAGAAGACGGCCCGGCAAAACGAGGGACCCCUGGACCUCUCGAUCAAAAAGGACCUCGGCGUGGCAGGAGAUGGAGAGAGACAGUGUGCCGAAGAGGCCCUGAAAGGGGACGUCACUGCAGAAGCGGAGGAGGAAGAAGAGGUCGAAGAGGAAGAAGCUGACAUGGAGGGAAAGACAGAGUCCUUGGAAAGUGAAAAGCAGUCACUGGGCGUCUUCAUCAAAAUGAGCUCCACAGGCUUGACAGAGACCGCUUCCAGAGCUGUGGUAAAGACCGAAGUGCUCUCCCCUGGUGCUCUCGGGCUCCGGGCCGCUCCCGUGGAGGCACUGUGGCCCAGUCGAACCACCAAGUGCGAGGCCGACUCCAGCGUGCUGCUGUGCCCUGACGGGCGGCCGCUCGUCUUCACCGACUUCCCUCCGGGGCCCAAGAGCUUGAAGAGGCCCUCGUCCGGAGAGCACCUUGGGGAGACGCUGUGCCCCCUGAGCCCCCUCGCAUCCAACGACCCCUAAAACGAUCCAAAGAGACCCAAACUGUGGGACUGAGAAGAGCGAAAAGAUGAGGGUCGGUCGGUGCUGCAGAGACUCAGUAGUAACCGGUGUGUCAGCUGACUUCUCAAAGCCCUGCACCCCAAAAAAAAUGAUGUGACUCAUCACAACGUUCAUAAAUGCAAAAGACAAUCAUUCGAACUGACUUAACGUCUGCGAUGUCAGCAAACGAAGCCGAAGGCCAAUGGUGUCAUUAUCGUGUCAUAUCCCACCUUAUUUAAGUCAUUUUGUGCAUCUUAGCGACAGUAUUGUACUAUUAUGUACCUGAUCGACACCUUUUUGUUAAAACAGUGUAAAGCACUUGAGAUGUAUUGUACAAUGGCUUUUUAAAGGAAGAAGCUAAGUUAAAUUAGCAAUGACUGUGUCGAUGAACGCAUCCCGGAGAACUUUUGAUGAGCCAAGAGACAACUCGGUAAUUGUCUAUGUUGUCUUAUAACUUUAAUCAAAUCCUUAAUCAAAAUCCGCAGAUGAUCAUUUGAGCUAUUGCUUAAUAAUAUUCAUUUUACACAAGGGAGGGGGUUCCCAAUAACAUUUAAUUUCCUUUAAACCAAUAUAUUUCAUAUUUCAGAAACUACUUCUGUAAAGCUUUUG